CUCAGCAGGUUAAUGUGAGAAGGAAAAAAAAAUAGGGGAAGCAAACUAGCAAAGGAAAAGAAGAAGACGAAGAAGAAGAAGGAAAGGCUGUGCGAGAGACUGAAAAGAGCCCCACGACUCGACGGUUCGAGUUGCAGAGGAAAAAAAGGAGGGAGGGAGGGAAGGUGGAUCUUCUUUCCAGUUUGUGGGGGGAACAGGGCUGCAGUUACAGACGCCCAGAAAUGAGCCACUAGUAAGUCGCCGGGGAUUGUGUACGCAUGGAAACUCGAGAAGGGCUAAGUUCAGGGGUGACGGUGAUAGGAGCUGAAACGCCGUCCAAUUACCAUGUAGCUCAGAGGAGCGAAAACCCUAACCAGGUCGGUGUUGGGGUUCCGCAGCACCAGCAGCAGAUGGUGCUGUCUUCUCCGGUCAGCGGCGGCGGCGGAGAGAAGAAGAAGCGGGGUAGGCCGAGGAAGUAUGCACCGGAUGGGGUUGGGAGCAGAGCUUUAUCGCCACUGCCGAUCUCUGCUUCGGCCCCACCUGCCUCAACUGUGGCUGGAGACUACUCUAACUCUCACUCUGUUGUGGGGAAACCCAGUAAAGUGCUGUCAGCUGGGUACGAGAAAAAGAAGCACAAGAAAAUUGGAAUGGAGAAUCUUGGAUUAGCACAACUUGCUAAUCCUAAUCAUAAUGCGGUCAUGAAGUUAUGUCAGAUGGGGUCUUUGUUGGUCCAAGAUGAUUGGGGUCCUCAGUCUGUUGGCACAAAUUUUACCCCCCAUGUCAUCCCUGUUAAUGCCGGCGAGGUAUGUGCUUCUUUGAAAGUACCUGGAUUUUGUUUCUUCACCCCCUCCUCUUAGGGUAGAGAAAGUUGGAGCUUUAAGUUGUCAAUUCAAAUCUAUAUUUCAGGCUCUUCUACCGUGUCCCAAUUCUAGAACGAAAACAGUCAGUAGGCAGUUGUAUCUGAAGUACUUACAACACCAAGUAACUUUUAGAUGCUUGACCUAAAUCAACCAUGGUGGGCACUGUUAUGAUUGCAUAUCAUACAACUUUGACUCUAGGAGCUUAAUUAUGCAUGAAUUAUGUCUUUAACAUUGAUGCAAUCCACUGUUCUUUCAAGUUUUGCAUAGUUGUAGGCAUAUGUAGUCGAUACUUUUUCCCUAGGAAGGUUGCAUCUUCUGGGCCUAUAUAUUGCUGUAAGGCUCUCUCAUUUGCCACCUCAUUUCAGUUUUAUAAUUUUUCUUGGUGAUCAAAGGAUGUCACAAUGAAGGUCAUAUCUUUCUCACAACAAGGACCUCGAGCCAUUUGCAUUCUUUCAGCGAAUGGAGUGAUCUCGAAUGUUACUCUUCGUCAAUCUGAUUCUUCUGGGGGUACCCUGACAUAUGAGGGUCGCUUUGAAAUACUUUCCUUGUCUGGAUCAUUUAUGCCGACUGAGAGUCAAGGCUCGAGAAGCAGAUCAGGUGGGAUGAGUGUCUCUCUGGCAAGCCCUGAUGGCCGCGUUGUUGGGGGCAGCGUUGCUGGUCUCCUGAUAGCUGCUACUCCUGUACAAGUUGUGGUGGGUAGUUUCCUGCCAGGGAACAACCAGCCAGAUCCUCCUAAACCAAAGAAGGUGAAGAUGGACCAUUCCGUCGUUCCGAUUUCUGUUGCACAAGAAGCUCCGGCGAUCACUAUGGGUGGGAUCCAUCAUGUGGAAAGAGAUGACAAUAAUAUGGGUGGACAUAUGCAGAACUCGUUUCAUCGGCGGGACACCUGGGCGGCUCUCCAAUCGAUGUCAGAUCAUCAUAGGAAUUCAGGAACUGAUAUCAACAUCUCGCUGCCGGAGGGUUGAAUUUAACCAGCCCCGAAUGGAAGUCCGAGGAUGUUUCUCGCAAAGGGUCUUGAUCUCUAACCGACUGCAUUGAUUUGUUGAAAAUCAGUUGUUGUUUAUUAAUGUUUAGUACUAGAGUUUUAAGGUUGUAGGAGGAACUACGAGUUGAGAGAGAUGUCGGACAUAGUGGCAUGAUUCGUAUUCCAUGGGUUGUUGUGUUGAGAGUUUUAGAAGGGAUCGUGUUGUUAUCUUAAUUUGUAUCGUUGCUAUUGUUAGGUGGAUUAGCAUUUAGCAUUUAGGCGCUUGUUUGUGCUGAGCAGAGCUUCCAGUUUGGAUGUAAUGAACAUAUAGCUUCUUACCUAUGCAAUCAUUUUAUGCGCCUGGUUUCUAAAAC